GGUAUUCGGACAGAAAGUUUAAAAUUAGUCAUUUGACAUGUAUCGAAAAAUAUCAAAAACGAACAACAACAAUAAACCAUUAAAGCCGAUUUUGUCGUUAGACCACGGUUAUAAGCAACGUCACCAUUUUCAGCGGCAACACAGUCACCGAAACGCCAGCUACAAGUGCGCUAACAGCAACGAACAGCAAAAGUACUACGGCUGCUAGUGCCACUUCCAAUACAAAAACAGCUGCAACAUUAUCUUCCACUGCUGCAGUAGCGGGUGCGCAACAAUGAAUUAUACCAUUUGUGUACACCAAACGUACUACAGCAACAGCAGCGGCAGCGCCUGGACCGGGAACUACUGCAACUACAGUGACAACUGCCGAUAUAACGCCUGGUGUUAACGCCAGCGACAGCGUCUCACCGCUGAGUUUGAAUGACUGCAGCAGUUAUCAGACGCUCAUCUUACCAAUGACGAUCGAUAAUCAAUAGCAUCGUCUGAGCUUUCCCAAUAAAAGGGAGGUACAUGCAGCACUUAUGGCGGCACAGCAGCAGCAUCAACAGGAGCAAUCUUUAAAUGGCGCUACAACAAAGGCCACGGCCACAACAGCGUUGUUAAAUGAUGGCAUUGGUACGAAUAAUGUCGGCAGCAAUGCCUUAAAUGCGAAUUUAACACCGGCAUCUUCGGUGGCGGCAAAUCAUACGAAUACAGCAAUUGGUUCAGAUAUUUGUUUUAUUACAACAGAUGGACGUCGUGAAAAUAAUGGGUCAAAUACUGGAAUUUAUUUUGCGUUGCAACUGAUUCUUAUCAAAAGAAAAAAUAGAUGGUGGAAGGGCUAUAGAUAUUUAAGCUAUUAUAUAGUUAGUGUUAAUAAAAUAUAAAUUGUGUUAAGGAUUUGACCAUCGAAUAUAUUAAAUAUUGUGUAAUGCUAUGCCUAUA